GCAGCGGUGUUUUCCUUUGUUAAGGGACGGACUUCCGUCUUUCAAUGUUUGCUCCAAGUUUCUGGAAUUUACCGUCUAGUGAUAUUUCCAGCUAGAAACCUCACUGGUACACAGACACGGUUGUCGCGUUGUUGGGGUUUUUUCGCAUGAGGCAGGUGGACUAAAAGUCCAACAGUUUAGUCUGAACUGAAACUGUCACUGUUUUUAACGCCUCUUUAACUGAAGCUAGCUGGCUAGCAUUAGCCAGCUGAGUUAAACCGCUUAGCAUGUUUCGCUUCUUGAGUGACGCCGAGGACGAUCCAUUCAUGAUGGAUCCAUUUGCUGCCCACAGACAGCAGAUGAGGAGUAUGUUUGGACCGUUCGCCAUGGAUCCAUUUGCUCUUGCUCCCCAGAUUCAGCCGCAUCGUGCUGCACGCAGACAGGCGGGUCCCCUUGUUCCCUUUGGCAUGAUGGGAAUGGGAGGAGGAUUCAUGGACAUGUUUGGCAUGAUGGGAGAAAUGAUGGGAAACAUGGAAAGAAUGACUGGAUCACCGAACUGUCAAACAUUUUCGUCUUCAACAGUGAUCUCGUAUUCCUCCUCAGACCCGGGAGCUCCUAAAGUUUAUCAGCAGACAAGUCAAACAAGAACAGGCCCUGGAGGGAUCCGUGAGACACGGCAGUCAAUGAGAGACAGUGAGAGCGGCCUGGAGCGUCUUGCCAUAGGCCAUCACAUCGGGGAGCGAGCACACAUACUGGAGCGCUCUCGAAAUAGGCGCACUGGGGAUCGAGAGGAACGGCAGGACUUCAUUAACCUUGAUGAGAGUGAGGCUGCAGCGUUUGAUGAGGAAUGGAGGAGGGAGGCAGGAAGGUAUGGUCCCCACCAUGGCCGUGCACUGGAGUAUGGUCAGGAUCCGCGUGGAGGAGGACAGCAGUUGGCCCUUCCUGCCCCUUCCAGCUCAACACCCCCCCAUCGACAUGAGUCUCCCCGACAUCGCCAGCAUCACACACGUCCCCGUUAUGAUUGGUGAGAAGGUGUACCACUUUGCAAGGAAGCAGAUGGAAGGAACUGAGGGAGCGCUUCCCCCGAAGCUGUGAAACACACCGAAGACGGAGCUGCCCGUCAUUAAUGUUUGAUAUGACUGGACUGUCUAAACAUGUGCAACAUAUUUUACACACAGGAUCAACGAAAUAAAACAUUCUCAAUGGCUACAUUUACAGAUCAAUUUCUGUACUGUUACAUAGAGCUAUACGGACACCCCUGUGUAAAUGUGGGUGAAACCACACUCACUUUAUAUAUAAAUAUAUACUCAUUCUCAAAACUUGACAUGUCUUUACCUACUGCACUUCGCUGCUGCAGUAUUCAGUCAUUCUGCUGUACAGUCCAUUUUAUGUUUGUGAGGGCACUAGUGUGUCUGUGAAUUGUAUACUGUUACCUGAUUAAUCUAACUAAAUAAAAGUUCAUUAAACAUUGUUAGAUAAUUAACAAUG